AUGGAACAUCUUGUUCUGGACAAGGUUGAUCAUACCCAGCUUGAUCUCAAAGUUGUGGUUCUGCACAGGUGGUGGCCCAAUCCCUUGUCUCUGUUAAUGGCGGUUUGGAGUAUCUCCGAGACCAAUUGGUCGAGGUUGACGAGCUCGACCGGGUCCAUUACCCAAAGGGUUUCCAUUCCCCUCUGGUACAUCCAUGGUAUCAGUAACAAGCACCUCAGGUUCCUCUUGUACCCUCUGAGUCCUUUGACUUCUCUUUCUACCUGUGGUGAAGUCUAG